ACGUCUGUGUGGCCAUGGAAAGACUAUUGGAAGCUAGCAAAGAGUUGUCAGCUAAAGUAGACAGCAAUGAAUCGGCAACAACUGAGCUCUUGAGGCAAACGGAGAGCUUACAGGAAGAACUCAAAUCCAUGAGACAGUAUCGUGAGUCAUUGGAGAUAAUGAACGGGCAAAAAGAGACAAGAGUUCACUUGCCCCAGAUUGAGCUUGGCUACAUCCGACAACUCCAACAGGACAACGGGGACCUACGCACGCUACUGGAGGAGCAUCAAGCCACCUUACAGAUGAUUAUGUCAAAAUACAGGCAACAGGUUGGAGGUUUCUUGAGUACCGAUAAGAGUGCUUUGAUUGAAGAUAACCACAUGUCCAAGGAGCUCCAGCAGCGUACAGAUCAGGUCUACCACAUGGCAGCAGUCAUGUACCAGGCAGCCAAGGCCGAGGACAAUACUGUGGAAGGGCUCACUGAGACGAUCGCUAGGCUCGAGUAUGAGAACAAGACUCUGAGAGACCUCAUAGCACAGCCUUUGACCAUAAACAAACCAGAAAACAGUGACUCGGUUAAUGUCAAUGUCAACCAAUAAAUUUUUGUUUUUCACAUUUUUUGCCAUACUUAUCAAUUAGCCAAUUAAAAUUAAUUUUGUCA